UCAAGAUGGCUGACCAAGAGAUCCCGGAAGAGAAAAAGAAUUCUGAGGAGACAGAGGAAGAAAUAUCUGGAUCAUCAGAAGCAGAUGAUGAUGAGGAUGAUGAUGAUGAUGAUACAUCUAUAGAGGAUGAACCAAAACUGAAAUAUGAAAGAAUUGGAAAUGAAUUACAAACCAUACUCAGUAAAAAUACGGAUGCUAUCAGCUGUCUUGCUGUACAUAGUAAGUUUUUGGCUUUGCACACCAUAAUAGUGAACCAAAUCAGCCUAGAUGACAAUGGUGAUUACAUAGCGAGUUGUUCUGAUGAUGGCAGGGUUGCUAUAAAUGGAUUAUAUGAAACAGAAGAUAAUCAACUACAGGCUUUAGAUUACCCUGUCAAGUCCAUUGCAUUAGAUCCAAAGUUUUCCCGACCCAGUAGUGGGAAACAGUUUGUAACUGGUGGUAAUAAGUUAGUACUUAAUGAAAGAGGGUGGCUGAAUCGAUUGAAGACAACUGUUCUCCACCAGGGAGAAGGACCUAUUCGAACCAUCCAAUGGAGAUCCCACUUUAUCGCCUGGGCUAAUGACCUGGGUGUGAAAAUUUACGAUGUGAGUUCCAAACGAAGAAUUACAUACAUAGCUAAAGAUCAUGACCCAAGCCUUCGUCCUGAGAUAUAUAGAUGUAACUUGUGUUGGAAAGAUGACAUUACAUUGCUAAUAGGAUGGGCAGAUAAGGUCAAGAUUUGUAAGGUGAAAGAAAGAGCACGCCAUGAUGUCAGAGAUCUGCCUAGUCGUUAUGUCGAAAUAGUAUCUAUGUUCAAGACUGAUUUCUACAUUUCUGGGAUAGCUCCACUUGGUGAUAAUCUCGUACUUUUGUCGUACGUAACUGAGGGACCUAAACAAGAGGAUGAAGCCGAUGGCUCAAGACGACCACAACUGCGUAUAUUAGAACCUAAAAUGGAUGAUUAUGAGGAAUUGUCAUGUGAUGCUUUAUCAAUACGUGGUUUUCAAGAAUGCCGACCGAAUGACUAUCAUCUGGAACAUGUUGAGAGUGAGAAUCUCUUCUACAUCGUUAGUCCUAAGGACAUUGUUGUUGCCAAACCAAGAGAUCUGGACGACCAUGUGGCUUGGAUGAUGGACCAUGACAAGUUUGAGGAAGCUCUUGCUAUAGCAGAAGCUAACAGUAGAUCACUAAAAAAACAUGACAUACUGGAGAUUGGGAAAACAUAUUUGAAUCACUUACUUGAUGAAGAAGAGUAUGAUCAAGCUGCAAGGAUGUGUGUAAAGAUUCUUGGGAAGAACAAGGACUUAUGGGAAAGUGAAGUAUACAAGUUUGCCAAGAUACAGCAGUUGAAAUCAAUAGCACCCUAUGUACCACGUGGUGAUAUGAGACUCAGUAAAGCUAUAUAUGAAAUGAUAUUAAAUGAAUAUCUACAAACAGAUUAUGAGGGAUUUCAUCAGUUAAUCAAGGAAUGGUCACCGACAUUGUAUGAUUUGAUGACUAUAGUAAAUGCUGUACAGGAACGACUUGACAGAGACUAUGAACAUCCUGUGUUGUUAAAAACAUUGGGAGAACUGUACACGUAUGAUAAGAGAUUUGAUAAAGCAUUGGCCAUCUAUCUCAAGCUUGGACAUAAAGAUGUAUUUACUUUGAUUCAUAAACAUAACUUAUUUGAUUCAAUACAAGAUAAAAUUGUCAUCUUAAUGGAAUUUGAUACAGAGCAAGCGACUAGGAUGUUAAUUGACAAUGUUGACAGGGUUCCUAUUGAAACUGUUGUUACUCAACUUGAGAAGAAACCUAAUGAUAAGCUGCUGUACAUGUAUUUAGAUGCAUUAUUUCAAAAGGAUCCCCACAUAGGACAGGACCACCAUGCUUUACAAGUAAAGUUGUAUGCAGAAUUCAAUAGACCAAAACUUAAACCAUUUCUACGCAACAGUAAUUAUUAUCCGCUACAGAAAGCUUUGGAGAUAUGUGAACAGCGACAAUACAUACCUGAGAUGGUUUUCUUGUUAGGUCGAAUGGGAAAUACAAAGCAAGCUUUACAGUUAAUAACAGAGGAACUUGAUGAUGUUGACCAAGCCAUUGAUUUCGCCAAAGAGCAUGACGAUGAAGAAUUGUGGGAAGACUUGAUAACGUAUUCCAUGGACAAACCACAGUUUAUUACUGGUUUACUACGAAAUAUUGGAACUCACGUCGAUCCGAUUAUUCUGAUUAGAAGAAUACGUGAAGGUAUGGAAAUACCAGGACUGAGAGAUUCACUUGUGAAAAUACUACAAGAUUACAAUUUACAGAUUUCAUUGAGAGAAGGCUGCAAGAAAAUUUUGGUAUCUGACUGUUUUUCAUUGAUGGAAAAAUUGAACAAAAUACAGAAGAAAGGCAUCAGAGUAGACGAUGAACAGACUUGUUCUGCAUGUCAUGGAACACUUGCUGUUGAUGAUCCACGCACUGCCUGUAACAUCGUUGUGUUCUUCUGUAGACAUGCAUUCCAUGAGGAUUGUCUCCCCGCACAUAAUAUGGAAACAUGUAAUAUAUGCCAUGCACAGAGAAGAACACCUGGCACAUCAUCCAUGUUCAGGAGUUGAUUGAUUACUGGAGUAAAGAAGUGAUAAACAUGAUAUCUGCAUGAUCUGAGCAUUGACACAUUAUAAUCUGAUAGACUUUCAUAUUUAACAUGCAUGAUGUAUUACUGUAUAGUUCAGUAGCAAGAAAUAUACAUUUA